AUGAGUAGCACCAUUAUUUGCAAAGUUGUGCUUUAUUCUGAUCUUGCCAGCGUUGACCUAACCAAGGAGGAAACAACUGGUGCCAUCAGUUCUAAAGGCAGCACACCUGAAAAUCUUCAGCAGGAAGAUGGCAGUGUGUUCUCUUUCAUCACCUGGAAUAUUGAUGGAUUGGAUCUAAAGAACCUGCCGGAGAGGGCUCGAGGGGUGUACUCCGCUAUAGCUCUGUACAGCCCAGAUGUGAUAUUUCUACAGGAAGUUAUCCCUCCAUAUUAUAGCUUCCUAAAGAAGAAAGCAAGUAGCUAUGAGAUUAUUACAGGUCGUGAUGAAGGAUAUUUCACAGCCAUAAUGUUGAAGAAAUCGAGAGUGAAAUUUAAAAGCCAAGAGAUUAUUCCUUUUCCAAAUACAAGAAUGAUGAGAAACCUUUUAUGUGUACAUGCAAGUAUAUCGGGAAAUGAACUUUUCCUUAUGACUUCGCAUCUGGAGAGCACUAGAGGGCAUGCUGAGGAACGAAUGAAUCAGUUUAAAAUGGUUUUAAAGAAAAUCGAAGAGGCUCCAGCGUCAACCACAGUUAUAUUUGCGGGUGAUACAAAUUUAAGGGACCAAGAAGUGACCAAAUGUGGUGGUUUACCCAGCAACAUUUCAGAUGUCUGGGAGUUUUUGGGCAAACCCAAGCAUUGCCGGUACACAUGGGAUACACAGAUGAACUCUAACCUGGGGAUCCGUGCUACCUGUAAGUAUCGUUUUGAUCGGAUACUUUACAGAGCAGCAGCAGACGGUGGCCACAUCAUUCCCCAGAGUUUAGAUCUCCUUGGACUGGAAAAACUGGACUGUGGCAGAUUUCCCAGUGAUCACUGGGGUCUUCUGUGCACCUUAGAUGUAAUACUGUGAAAUGCCUUUCAAAUACAAGCCUUAGAUGGUCUGAGUAGUUUUAUGCUGGAGAUUUGCAAAUCUAAUUUCUUCCUGUCUGGAAAGUCAGGUUUAAUGUGGAGGAAUUAAUAUACUGGACCAUUAGAAGAAAAAA